CUCCAGGCGGCAUCGUCUGGAGGCCACGACAAGAUUGUCGAGCUGCUGCUGAGCAAGGGCGCCGACGUUAACGCGCAAGGCGGCGAGUACGGCAACGCGCUCCAGGCGGCAUUGUCUAGAGGCCACGACAAGAUCGUCGAGCUGCUGCUAAGCAAGGGCGCUAACCUUAAUGCGCAAGAUGGCGGGUAUGGCAACGCGCUCUAUGCGGCAUCGUCUGGAGGCCACGACAAGAUCGUCGAGCUGCUGCUAAAUAAGGGCGCUAACGUCAACGCGGAAGGCGGCUGGCACAGUAACGCGCUCCAGGCGGCAUCAUAUGAAGGCUAUGACAAGAUCGUUGAGCUGCUGCUUAACAAGGGCGCCGACGUCAACGCGCAAGGCGGCUACUAUGGCAACGCGCUCUAUGCGGCAUCGUCUGGAGACCACGACAAGAUCGUCGAGCUGCUGCUGAACAAGGGCGCCGACGUUAACGCGCAAGGCGGCGACUACGGCAACGCACUCCAGGCGGCAUCGUCUAGAGGCCACGAC